UUGCAUUAUCAUUCUUUUUUCUUCCUAAUCCUAGCCACAUUAUUUCAAUAUCUAUGGCCAUGGGAAUGAAGAAGGCUAGCCUUGGGAGGCAAAAGAUCAAGAUAGCCAAAAUAGAGAUAAAAAGCCACCUCCAAGUGACGUUCUCGAAGCGGAGGUCCGGUCUAUUCAAGAAAGCGAGCGAGCUCUGCAUCCUAUGCGGGGCGGAGAUUGCCAUCAUUGUCUUCUCCCCCGCGGGAAAAGUUUUUUCCUUUGGGCACCCGCAUGUGGAAUCGAUCAUCGAUCGGUUCCUCUCAAAAAAGAAUAAUAAUAAUAAUAAUAGUAUUAGUAUCAGUAACAAUAACUGGCAUCAUCAUCAGCCAGACGCUACGGUGAUCAAUUUGUUGGGGGCGCACCGUAGUGGCAGCGUCCAAGAGAUGAACAUGACUCUGACUCAGAUGAUCACAGAGUUGGAGGUGGAGAAGAAGAAAGGAGAGAUGCUCGACAAGAUGAGAAGCGAGAGCCGGAGCCAGUGCUGGUGGGAAGCCCCGAUAAGCGUGCUUGACUUGGAGGAACUGGAGCAACUGAGGAACGCCAUGGACGAGCUCAGGAAUGUUGUGGCCGCUCAGAUAGCCGACAUUGUCGACAGUACUUCUAAGCUGUUGGCUAUGAGCAACACAAUGGUUUUGGAUGAAUUUGGAACUCUUGAGACGAAACCACAGGGGAAAAUGACUAGACUGGGUAUAACAACUGAACGCAGCUUCCCAAACCCUAGCCUCCUCCGAUUCCCCAUCUCGUCUCUGUUCUCCGAUUCCCAUUCUCCAUUCUCGGCCAACAUGGGUAGCAAGCAAGCUGUUUCCCUACUGACAAACCUUGCCCGCGCCGCGUUUGGCGUCGGAGUGGGUGCGACGGUGAUCAGCUCUUCGAUGUACACCGUCGAUGGCGGCCAGCGCGCCGUGAUUUUCGAUCGGGUCCGUGGAGUGAUCGACCAGACCACCGGCGAGGGGACUCAUUUUCUGGUCCCCUGGCUUCAGAAGCCGAUCAUCUUUGAUAUACGCACCAGGCCUCACACCUUCUCCUCUGUCUCGGGAACCAAGGAUUUGCAGAUGGUGAACCUCACUCUCCGGGUGCUCUCCCGCCCUGAGGUCUCUCGCCUCCCCCACAUUUUUAAGAAUCUAGGCCUGGAGUAUGACGACAAGGUUCUCCCAUCCAUUGGAAAUGAGAUUCUGAAAGCUGUUGUCGCCCAGUUCAAUGCCGACCAGCUCCUCACUGAGCGUCCCCAGGUUUCUGCCCUGGUUCGGGAAAGCUUGACUCACAGGGCCAAGGACUUCAACAUUCGAUUGGAUGAUGUUGCCAUAACCCACUUGUCUUAUGGCCCUGAGUUCUCUAAGGCUGUAGAGCAGAAACAGGUGGCACAACAGGAAGCCGAGCGGUCCAAAUUUGUUGUUAUGAAGGCUGAACAGGAGCGCAGGGCUGCUAUUGUCCGGGCUGAGGGUGAGAGUGAGUCUGCAAAGCUGAUUUCAGAUGCUACUGCAGCCGCUGGCACGGGGUUAAUUGAGCUCAGAAGGAUUGAAGCCUCAAAGGAGAUUGCUAACACCUUGGCCAAGAGUCCUAACAUUCAGUACCUGCCUAAAAACAACAAUUUGCUCCUUGGGCUCGGCCGUUGAGUGGACGGGGAUGCUUUACUGCUCACAUUAAGACGGAUAUGGAUGCAAGCUCGUUUCUAUUGCAGCUAGUUUUCAGUUAGUAUGAGAGAACACUCUAUAGACCUUAAUCUGAACAUCUCCUUUGUCUUUCUUUCUGUUCUUCAUUUUGUUGCCAUGUUUGGACCAGUGAAUGUUUUCUCUUAUUUGCCAAGAAAGAGAGCAUGUAGGUGGUGGGUGCUUUAAACAGUUCUUACAAUGACUAUUAAGAACGUGCUCACUUGAUUCGCCAACCCGUUUUUGUUUUCGAUUUGAGAGCAUAUUGUACUGCUUUAUCAUCAUCUUACCAAAAUAAUCAGAUGAGAGAAUU